AUGGAAAUGUUUUACAGAAUGAAUACCAGCAAAAAAUGGUAUUUCUUUUGCGAUGAUGACUCAUAUCCAGUAAUGAGGAAUUUAUAUCGCGUUUUAACAGAAUAUGAUCCAAAUGAGAAAAAAGUUCUUGGACAUUUUUACUGUUCAUGGUCUAAAGUUGUUUACGGUGUUGAAGAUGAGGAUAAAUGUUUACUAUUUGCACAAGGAGGUGCAGGUGUUGCAAUUUCUAAUGCAUACUUCAAAGUCAUUGCUCCAUAUCUUACUGGUUGCAAUAACAAUUUCACCGAUAGAAAUUACGCAGGUUCAAUGAGAUUUGCAAAAUGCUCUGAAGACCAUGUUGGCAAGGACUGGGAUGAUGGAUACAUCAUAUCCAGGCGAAAUGAAGAAUUCUUUUCAUGCGAUCCCGUUACAGAGAUUAAUUUUGGAGAAGUUAAUCUUCCACCAGUGAAUUUCCACUUCAUGCCACCAAAGAAACUUGUCCAAUGCCAUUACGGAAUCAGAUCCGACUGGAUUCGCGCUACAGACAACCAAAGUGUCUUUGUUGAUUGGACAAAUAUUUCAGGAAAGGCGUAUUCCAUGUUCUAUGGUCCAUCAAACCUAGAAUACUAUUACAGAUUCGGAUGGACCAUUUCCGUUUCGAUGAUUGGCGGCGUUGUUGGCGCUGCUUCAAGUCCUCUUGUUCCUCAAUUUGCUGAUUGGAAGAAAGACAAACCAAUAGGCUUCAUACAGAACUUCUCAGAUACAGCUACUGUCGAAAUUAUCUGUGACGAUUCAGUUCCAGAUUUAGAUGUCGAAUUUGUCGACAGCACAAAUCGAGAUAUGCUAUACUUUACUAUGAAAAUGAAAUGUCCUCCUGUUGAAGAAUACAAAUGGUAA